AUGGCUGACUCUGUUGCGAGAAUCACGUCAAUGCUUGAGAAGGCUCGUAAUCUCGGGCUAGAAGCUGCUGCUGCUGCGUCUGCAAGGUUGGCUGAUACACCAAAGGAUCUCAGACCACAGGAGGUUUCAAAGCUUCUUAGCUCGAGCUCAGAAAGGGACAUCUUAAAGGGACUGAAGUAUGUCAUAUCAUUGGUAUCUAGCGGCGAAGACGCAGCAGAAUACUUUACCGACGUGGUCAAGAACGUUUCAUCUUCCAACUUGAGCAUUAGGAAACUGGUAUAUUCAUACCUGCUGAGAUACGCAGAAGAAGAGAAUGACGUUGCUUUGCUAUCGGUCAACGCAAUACAGAAGUCAAUUGGUGAUAAGAACGAACAAGUCCGGGCUCUAGCUAUUCGUGUCAUGUCUGAGAUCAGAAUAUCAUCGAUAUACCAGAUUGUUCUGUUGGGGAUAAAGAAAAGUGUAAGCGACCCAUCACCAAUUGUAAGAAGAGCCGCUGCAAUCUCGGUAAUCAACGUCUUUAACAACCACGGACCAUCGUCAAAGGACGAACUGGUUGAUUUUAUCAAACAAUUACUGAGAGAUAAGGAUCCACACGUUUUAGGCUCCGUAAUUCUUGCAUAUAGAAUGGUCUGUCCAGAUGAUUACACUUUGCUACAUGGUCAUUUCCAUCGAAUCUGUUCUAUGAUGCGGGAAUUUGACGAAUGGACAGCGAUUUACUUCAUUGAGAUAUUAACCAACUAUUCUAGACAUUUCCUACCAAAGCCAAAGAUCAUUAAUACGGCGUCGAUUGAUCAUACGUACAUUGAACUUCCAGAUAAUUAUAAUGAGAUUCCAUUCCCCGUGUACGACGUGGAAUUGGACCAAGAUCUCAAGGAAUUUCUCGAUUCAAUCAAAUCAUCCGUCUACAGCAGAAACGAAGCUGUUAUAUUAGCCACAGCAAGGGCUUAUUUCCACCUCACACCACCAAAAACUUUUAAAGAGGCGCAGGUUGCGCCAGCACUGGUUCGUUGUCUCUUGACGAGUCCACCAGAAUCGCGUGUUUAUAUCCUUCAAAGUAUUCUAUACAUGGCAAUCCAUGAUCCAACAAUCUUUGUCCAAUAUGAAAAGAGAUUUUACCUUCUUCCAAGAGACAAUGCAUCUACAGCCGAGUUCAAAUUGAAGGUAUUGUCUGCAAUUUGCAACGAAAAUAACAUUAAGAGUAUCAUCCAUGAACUUCAAUAUUACUCAUUACACUCUGAAGAUCCUAGAAUUUCCGUUGAAAGUGUUAAAGCUAUUGGAGUUUGCUCUCAAAUCAGUGAAUAUUGGAGCUCAAAGACCCUCAAAUGGCUACUUAGCGAAGUUGUCAAGUCUGAUAGAGACUCGUCGAUCAUUACAGAAUUCCUGACAGUUAUUAGACAUCUCGUGCAACACAAUCCUGAAAACAACGUCAAGACAGUGGUUAAACUAGCGCAUUUGUUAGAUAUCCAAGACUUGGAUGAUUCUGCAAAAGAGAGUAUCAUUUGGCUAAUAGGCGAAUUCACUGAAAUUGAACCACAUAUUGGGCCAGAUGUGUUGAGAAAGCUGUUGAAAACUUUCACGUCAGAGACUUCAAAUGUAAGAUAUCAGACCAUCCUUCUAGCGUCAAAGAUUUAUCUACAUGAAUUAGAGUACUACAAGAAUACCUCGGGUGAUGAAGAAUUGAAUAACUUUGACCGUGACUCCAUUAUAUCACGUAUGUUCAAUUAUGUUAUGAAACUUGGCCGUUACGAUGAUGAAUAUGGUACUAGAGAUCGCUCACGGAUGCUCUACACUCUCUUGAACUCAAAACAUACACAACUUGCAUCAUUAUUUCUACAGGCCCCAAAACCUGUUCCCUUGGUCACUUUGAGAAAAAUCGGUGAUCCGCUCUCCAAGACUGAUGAUAUUGUUGAAUCACUCCCAGUUGAUGAUAUUGUUAAAUCUUACAAUGUUCUUCCCCCAUGGUGUGAUAGUGCAAGUAUUCCACCAAGCUCUAUUAGAGAGCCAAUUGAAGUAAAGGGUGAUGUAAAGAGUAUUGGACAUAGUUUUGUCUCCUCAAGCUCUGUCAAACCAGAAAAGACGUUUGCUACACCACCAGUUGUUGAGAAAAAGUUCAAACUUCAAAGUCUUGAUGAUUUCUUCGCUGAUGAACCAGCUAGACAGUCACCUGUUCAUAGAAGGAUUAUUUAUGAGGAAGAAACAGAUUCUGAUGAAGAAAGUGAGGAAGAUAGCAGCGAGGAGGAAAGUGAUGACGAUGAUGAGGACGAGGAAGACGAGGAAGAACAAGAAGAAGAGGAUGAGAAUAACGGAAAGUACGAAACUAUUGAAUAA